UUUUAUAUUGAUGGCACAUUUGAUGCUGCACCAAGCUUUGGUGGACAAUGUCAGCAAUUAUUCGUCAUUAUGGGCAUUAGUUAUGAUGUUGGGUUUCCAUUGGUUUACGCUUUAAUGUCCAGAAAAACAGAGCAGGCAUACAAUGCUCUUUUUAUGUAUAUUAAAACAAUUGAGCCCACUUGGCAACCACAAACAAUUAUGAUGGAUUUUGAGCGUGCAUCCAUCAAUGCCAUCAGGUCGCAAUUUCCGAGGACCAGAAUUGUUGGUUGUUGGUUCCAUUCCUCCCAAAGUUUGUGGCGAAAAAUCCAGGAAUUAGGGUUAACUCGUUUAUACAAAAUCAAUAGAAAAGUAUAUGACUUUUUUCGUAUGGCGAUGGCAAUAGCAUUAUUACCGCCAGAAAAUGCAAGGGAAGGCUUUAUGGAAUUGGAAAUUUUUUUCCAAAACAAUAUUUAUAAUACUGUUGAACCAGAUAUAAGUUUGAAGUUUUUCCAAUUCCUACAUUAUUUUAAUAAGACUUGGUUAACAGGUAAUUUGAUUAUGUAAACAGAUAAAAAUUUAUUAUAAUUUAAUUUUUUCUCUAAUACUACGAGUAUGAGUAUAACUGAGUGAGGAUCAAAAUUAUAAUAAAAUUAAACUUUUUUAUGAGUUUUAGCCAGCUGUUUUUUUUUUCAAUGUUAAUAGUUAAUACUAAUAAAACUACUUUAAUAGGCUUAUUUUCUGAACUAUUGUCUGUAACAGACUUGAACCGCCGUACAAAUAAUGUAUUAGAAAUAAGCCAUAGGAAUCUUAUGACUAAUAUAAAUAUUCCAAACCCAAACCCAUGGCUAUUUAUAGGUAAAGUAUGAACAAGAUUAAUUUUAAUAAUCAAUUGUCAGGUUUAAUUUUUUUGAUAUAUUUUUCAGUUACGCCCGGUUACGGUCUUGUAUUUCCUACUUAAACAAAUGUUUUUAUUUCAGAAAUGCUUAUUAGAUAUACGAGUGGCAUAAUCAAUGAUUACCGGUUAGCAAGUGAUGGGAUAGAAAUAAGGCAACCAAGACCACGUGUAUGGAUAGCACAAGAUAAAAAAAUAAAAACCGGACUAACCAAGUUGAGAAACAACAGAUUUUCAGUGGCCGAAUUUUUGGGCUACUGUAAACACAGUACACCAAAUUUUGGAAUAAACCGACCCAAUGAAGGUGAAUCGAUUAAUUGGUUAAAAUAUUUUUUUCCAUCAAAUUUGGAAUAGUUUACAAUAUUAGUUGUUCCAAAAAAAUGUAUGCUUUGUUUCAAAAUCUAUCACUUUUAUGACAUUCAUGUAGGCUUCACAUUUGUCUACUUUUGUAUUCAUAAAUUUUAUGAUACUCUUAGAUUCAAACUGAAUAAUAUAAUGGAAUAUAUU